AUGCCCUCAGCAAUUGUUACUGGAGCUACCGGCAUCACCGGUAGCGCGAUUGUCCAUCAUCUUUGCAAAGACUCCAGCUACGACAAGAUCCUCUCCCUUUCCAGAAAAAAUCCCGGCUACGACAGUCCCAAGAUUCAGCAUGCCACUCUAGACCUACAAAGCUCAGUUGAAGAAAUGGCAAAGGAACUGCAGAGCAUCGAGGCCGAAUACGUAUUCUUCUGCGCCUACCUGGCACGCGACGAUCCCGCCGAAGCCACUCGCGUCAAUGCCGUGAUGCUCAGCAAUUUUAUUCAGGCUCUCGAGAAAACCGGAGCCAUCAAGCGCCUCAAACGCUUCGUCCUGACCGCCGGGUUCAAGCAUUACGGAGUGCAUCUGGGGCAUUGCAAACAGCCCCUACAAGAAGAUGACCUGUUACUGGAAAAGAACACCAGUGGGAUCUCAUGGCCUCCAAUCUUCUACUAUGAGCAGGAGCGAAUCCUCUCCGAAGCCGCAGGUAGGGGAGGCUGGGAAUGGGUGGUCACCCUACCGGAGGAUGUGCUAGGCUACGCGCGUGGUAACUUCAUGAACGAAGCCACUGCACUGGGGCUCUACUGCGCUGUCAGCAAAGUUCUGCCAGGUUCCCAACUACCCUAUCCCGGGUGCAAGGCAAAUUACUUUGCAUUCAAUUGUUGGACAUCGGCAAAUCUGCACGCCAAGUUCUGUCUAUGGGCUGCGACAGCGCCCAGAGCAGGAAAUAACGUUUUCAAUGUGAUGAAUGGGGAUACAGAGAGCUUUCAGAAUCUGUGGCCUCGGCUGGCAGAGAGAUUUGGCUGCAGGAUCCCCAAUCCUAUGUUUCCCGGCGGGGGUGUGCCUGACUCUGCUGGGUUCGGGCCUUACGAGGCCACGACAGUGAGCAUGCCAAAUCCGCAUCCGCUGAAGGUGUACGAAGAUGUUAUCGGGGUUCAAGCCGAAGGGACACCUACGUUAUUCUUGCAGGUUGAUCCGGAAAAAUGGGCGAAAAGAAACGAUGUUAAUGAGGCCUGGAGCAAAUUGAGAAAUAAAUAUCAGCUUGACCAGAAGGCGUGGGAGCAUGCGACUUGGGACUUUUUGACUUUUGUCCUGGGACGGGAUUGGAGCUGUGUAGGUACUAUGAGUAAGGCUCGCAAGUUAGGGUGGACGGGCUAUGCUGACACCUGGGAUGAAUUGGUGGAGACCUUUGAAGUCCUUGAGCAGGAGGGUGUUCUUCCAGCUGCGGAUAGACUGAAGCGUGAUUUUUGA